AUGUCAAAGUUCUUCGCCGGACUGGAGGAUGCCCCACAAAAGAAAGUAAAUUCAGCAAUGGCUGCACAAAUGAACUUUUCUGAAGAAAGCGACGAUGACAAGCCAGUUAUCUCAAAUAAAGAAAAGAAAGAUGAAGAAAUAUUAAAGAUAUGCGAAGAAACAACCUUUAAGAAGCCAAAGGACAUAGACCAGUUCUUUAAGAAACUGACAAAGUACACAGCACACUUCACAAAGCAAGGACUUCCUACUGUGCUAGUAGAGUUUUUGAUCGAGGUAGAGAAGAAUAAGUCAACACCAGCAAUUUUCAAGUCAAAAAAGGCCAAGUUCUUAGAGAAAUACAAUGAAGUAGAGGUUAUUCUGAGUACAGUUGAAGAGAAGAAAAAGAAAAGAAAUUAUCUUGAGGAAAUAAGCAAAACAUAUCUCAUUGAUAACCUAAAUAAGAGAAAAGAGGCACUUUUAGAGAUAGAAAAGAUACCAGAUCUAUCAGAAGUAGAGAUGCACAGAAUCAAUUUGUAUCUGAUAAGCUGCAUGAUGGAAGAGAGUAUGGAGGAGAACUAUGCAGAAAUAAUGAGCAGGUUUAAAAAUGAGAAGGAUUUCAUGCAGGCAGAUGAAGAAAAGGAGCUUCUGAAAACAAGAGUAGGAAAGUACAUGCAGAGAUUACUAAAGUACAUUCAAGAAGAAGAUGCCCGCAGGCUUAACUGGGAGAGUACAUAUAAUGAUAUGGUAGAAAUAUCAGAAGGACUAAGAAGCAUAACAACCACCCCCAUGGAGAGCAUCCUUGAAAUAGAUUAUUUCCUGAGGUGUGAUGUGAAUACUUCUAGGCCACAUCUUUCUGAUGAAUUUAGAAGCAAGCCCAUUACAGAGCAUGAGAUCAGUAUCUUUAAGGCUGUUGAAGAGAUGCGAGAAUUGCCAUUGGUGCAGGCAAUUGCACUAUACAGAAAACUUGCAGAAGACUUAAAGAGUGAAAAUACGUGUCUUCUUAAAUGCGCAGAGGAACUGGGUCACAGGGCAUUCAUGGAGAAAGAUUUCCCAAAUGCAAUGGAUCUCCUUGAGCAUGCAUACAAUAACAAGACCCUUUGGAGCAGCGAGAAAACAGAAACAAUGCUUUCUGUGCUCUGCCUGUGCUUUGAGGACAAGAUGCGGGAUAGAGAGUUCUUUACUGUUUUCAAGAAGAAUCUUCUGGUAGUUGGAGACAACCUGCUUCUUCUUAGGUCAGUAAGCGUAAAGAUGGAAGUAGCAAGGGCAUUUAUCCUUUUGCGCCUAGGCAAGCACCAGGAGGCGCACAAAAUUAUUGCAGAAUUGCUUCCUGGAUUCCAGUGUGAAUCUCUUUUGCGCGCACGUGCAAUAGAACUACUACUCACUCCACAAUAA